CAGCAGAUGUAAGAUGAAUCAAUUCACUAUUUCAUGGUGAAUCAAACUCUGAGUUUCAUUUUUGCAGCUUGGAAACUGCCAAUGUGGUGGAUCUCUUAGAUUCUGCUGUUCUAUCUCGCCUAGUUGAUAUCAUGAGGACGUCAUCCGCAGAUUUGCAGAGGAAAUCUGCUUCAAUCCUUGAGUUCGCCGCAGUUAUUGAGCCAUGCACGGAAAAGAUCCUGUCUGUUGACCUAGAAAGUGGGCUGGAUGCUGUUUUCCAGCAGAAAACUUUAAAUGACGCAGAAUCUGAAAUAGAUCUGCAGAACCCGGAACUUCAUGCGCUUGAGGUUGAAGAGGCUGGUCAUGCGAUAUCUGCAGCAUCCCGGCUACUUACAAGACUGCUGGACUUUGAGCAGUUCUGUCGUAAAGUAAAUGCAUCUCAUUUCACAAAGUUAUUGCGAAAGGUUCUCAAAUCAGACAUCCCUCUUUACCACAAAGACUGGGUUGCUGCCUGUCUUGUGAAGCUCCGCUAUCUCUCUGGUCCAUAUUUUGACUAUGAUACUCCGAUCAACUUAGAGGUAACUCUUUAUGAGACGAUCCCAAGGCUGGUAGAACAGAUCAAGACUUCAUAUUCACCGGAAGUACAAGAGGCUGCUGUUGUAGAACUCAACAGAAUAAUGUCUGAAGAGGUGGUGAAUUCCACCAGAGCCGUGGCUGCCGAGGGAGGGAUAUUUACAUUGGUGAAGCUGCUCGAAAAUGGGAGUGAACGAGCUGUUGAAGCAUCUCUAGCAAUACUGUAUAAUUUGAGCAUGGACAGUGAGAAUCAUGCUGCGAUUAUAGCUGCAGGAGCUGUGCCAAUUUUGAGAAGACUUGUACUAUCGCAAAGGUCACAUUGGAUGCGAGCGCUGAGAUUGCUUAGGACAUUACCUACAUGAUGAAUUCAGCUAAAUUCUUACCAGUUGUAAUAUAAGAAUUAUGAGUUCAUCUUGUUAGUCAUAUAGCCCUUCUUUAUACAAACCCUCUAUUUAGUCUUCAAGCUGAUCUCUUCUGUGAUGAGAGAAUUUUGUGAAUUGAGCCAGGAACAGAUAUUUAAUGCUAUGUAUCUUAUACAGAGACAACUGUGUGGCCUUCAAAGAAUUGGGUUUAGUUCUU